AUGUACCUUUUCGGAGGAGACAGACCAUGGGAUGCGUCCCAGUUCACAGCCUCGGACGACCGUGUCCGUGGCGGCCGGAGCCAGUCUUACCUGACCGUGCUCGGUCCCGGAGGUUCGGCUGAUGCAGGUCUCGGUGCCGAGUACCACGGCACUCUAGACAUCAAGACCCUCGGCGGUGCCGGCUUUGCCUCGCAGCGGACCGUGGAUGGCUUCCCCGCCCUCGAUCUGUCUGCAUAUGACGCCCUCGUCCUGGACGUGACGCGGGCCGAUGGGCAGAAGUACACCAUCACGCUCAAGGACGAGGUUCUGCCCAAACGGCCGGACGGCAGGGAACAGAGCACCGUCAGCUGGGAGUACGACUUCGAUAGCGCUGCUGGAGAGGCUGGGUCGAACGGGGAUUCAGCCUGUCAGCUUGUGAUCCCCUUUGAGGACUUCAAGCCAACAUAUCGUGGCAAGGCCAAGCCAGACGCAAAGCCGCUUGACCUCAAGAACGUGAGGAGGAUCAGCUUCAUGAUGAGAAGCUUCUUUGGCGAGCAGGAGGGAGAUUUCUCCAUAAUAUUCACCUCUGUAUCAGUGAGGAAGGGGAACAGGUCACAGGACAGCUCAAGAGACCGCGAUGCUGGAGGUGCCGGCUUGAGCGAGCCUCGCCCUGAUGCUGUGGGUGGAAGCAGCAACAGCAGCGAUGGUAGCGAUAAAAGCAAGGGCCUCAUGUCCUGGAUCAGCAGCGUUCUGGGCUGGGAUAGAUGA